AUGCCGUCGUCAAAAUCCACCCCUUACAAGCUCUCGCACGUUCCUUGCGACAUUGCCAUGGUGAUCGACGUAUCUGGCAGCAUGAGCGCCGAUGCACCAAUUCCUGGAGAGACCGACGAGCUCACGGGAUUCAGUGUCCUCGACCUGGUUAAGCAUGCCUGUCGAACUAUCAUAUCUACCUUGGACGAGAGAGAUCGGUUGGCAAUUGUCACGUUCUCAAGAUCGGCCAGAGUUCUUUGCCCGUUGACUGCCAUGACUCCUGUCAACAAGAAGGAAGCAGAAGCCAAGGUCGACUCAAUGAUGAUUGAGACUUGCACAAACUUGUGGCAGGGACUGAAAGAUGGCAUCAAGCUGUUUGAAAACGAGGAAAACAAUGGUCGCGUCCCGGCUGUCUUGGUUCUCACAGACGGCAUGCCCAAUUACAUGUGUCCAGGUCCGGGAUACGUGCCCGCCUUGCGAGCAAUGGGCAACAUUGUGCCCUCCAUCCACACAUUCGGCUUUGGCUACCAGUUGAGGUCCGGCCUGCUGAAGUCGAUCGCUGAGCUUGGGCGAGGUAGCUACUCGUUCAUCCCUGACGCUGGCAUGAUUGGAACCGUCUUCGUUCACGCCGUCGCCAACUUGCAGUCCACAUUCGCCAUCAACGCCAAGAUAUCUCUAGAGUACCCGACUCAUAUCCUUCUCGAGCCAACAGCUGGGCCGUCGGUCGGCCAACAAACAACGGCUCAUCUGCAUUCCCCUUCUUCUUACAUGCUUACAAUUUCUCUGGGGAGUCUACAUUAUGGACAAUCUCGCGAUAUUUACUUGUGCUGGGACCGGCUUCCUCAAAGGGACUCCCCAGGGGGCGUUCCUAACCUAUCUGCGACGUUGCAGUAUAACAAGAUGACUGCAUCGCAAGACACCACCACCGACUCCUGCAGCCUUUCCAACCACACAACGUCCCUGUCCGAGGCAGAGAUUGCCUACCACAUCUCUCGGCACCAGCUCUGCGCUUUCAUCGCCUCCCUCUUUCCCAUCGACGUUCUUGGGGAGCACCGCGCAGACAAAUCCCCCAUCACGGCAAAACAGGCCCAGCUUGAUGAUCUGAUUGUCAACAUACCCGCCUCCAGGUUUCCCGAGGACCCAAGGUGCGCCUCUUUGAUGCAAGAUCUCAACGGCGACGAGCCCCUCGGGCAAAUUUCUCUUGCCCUCUGGCCCGAGCACUUCAAGCGUUGGGGCCAGCACUACCUGCCCAGCCUGCACGACGCUCACAGCCAGCAGCUGUGCAACUCCUUCAAGGACCCUGGUCCGCUGCAAUACGGGACCGACUCGCCGCUGUUUAUGAAAUGCCGCGACCGGCUGAACCAGAUGUUUGACAAUCUGCCAGUCCCAACGCCGAGCAAUCUGCCCACGCUAGGGCCGAACAGUAUGCACAGUAUGCCCUGGGGCUAUGGAGGACCCCCAGUUGGCCCGGAUGCAGGCGCGCCUCCACCUUAUUUUGAUGGAGGCGAUCUGCUGCGCUCGACAGCGACCAGAUAUUCAUCAGACGGCCGAAGUUACGCACAAUGUUUGUCCAUGUCUCGGUACAAUAUGCCGGGGAACACAUGCUUCGCGGGAAAGACGAGGGUGCUGCUCGCGAAUGGGAAGACGGUGCGGCUCUCGAGUCUCAGGCAGGGCAUGAGUGUGGCAACACCGACGGGCGCAAGAAGAGUUGCCGCGAUGGUGGUGACGCCUGUCAACAAGGCCGUCAUGAUCAAAAUGAAGGGCGUCUUGGUCACGCCCUGGCACCCCGUCGCUCUUCAGGACUCGCUGCGUGCUGACAUGCAGAGCCGUGAGUGGGUAUUUCCUUGUUGCCAGGCCACGCCUCAGCAGAUGGUCAGGUAUACCGGCCGCAUUUACUCUGUUCUCCUGCAGAGAGACGUGGACGUUGAUGCGCACGCCAUUUUGCUCAGUGGCGGUCGGGAGCAAACGCCGCUAUGGGGCGUCACGCUCGGCCAUGGAAUGUUUACUGGCUCGGAUGUCCGUGCUCAUGGCUUCUUUGGCGAUUAUGAUCGCGUGGUCGGCAGUCUGCACACAUUGCGAGCCAGAAAGGGCGGUCGGUACGUGGCAGCUGGCGUGAGGAGGUGCCCAAAGACGGGUCUGGCGUGCGGCUUUCGACAGUUCUGA